AACAAAACUCAUAUGUAAAAUGGAGAAUCAAGAGAUAUUUGAGAAGCUUACAUGGAACAUCAAGAACUUCUCUAAGUUGAAAAUACUUAUGGACAUUAAGUCAGAUCCUUUUAUUCUAGCCGGUUAUGCAUGGAGAGUUAUUCUGCAUCCACAUUGCAAAAAUCCAGAUCCGAACAGUAAAGACGACUUAGUAACAAUUUCUUUGAAGGCUGUGAGAACUACUAGUAUGUCUAAGGGAUGGAGCAGACAUGUCAAAUAUAACCUUUCUAUUUUCAAUCAAUUGGAUUCCAACAUGACAAUCGGCACUGGAGAAUCAACAAAUCUCCACGAAUACAAUGAAAAUCAACUCAACUGGGCUUACUCUCCUUUCAUGACUUUGGUUGAGCUGUGUGAUCUAGAAAAUGGAUUUGUUGUAAAUGAUACUUGUAUUAUAUUGGUGUUGAGGUAUUUGUUAGUAAAUCAACAAAUGAGAAUUCCUUAAUCUCUAUUCUCUACAAGCCACAAGGAAGGAGAAUGUGGUAGCUCUAAAAAAGUAAUCUCUACAAGCCUGUUAAAUGUAAAAGAAGGAUUUUAAAUGCAAAAGGAUUUUAAAUGCAAAAGGAUAAGAUUUGAAGGGAGAGAUCUGAAUUCUCAAUUGUUGGCAUGUGGGGGAGUUGGAUUGUUGGCAUGUGGGGGAGUUGGAGACCAUAAAUAUGCAUAAAGAAGUAUUUAGAAGUAUUAUAUGUUGGGUUUAGAUGAUAAAAAUAUGUUGAAGUUAAAACAAGAGUGAUAAGUGAAGUGAUAAUAGUAUGAAAUCUAGGAGUUCAUUCAAAUUCGAAUUCCUUUAGAGAGUUUUUAUAGUUAUGCUCAAUUUAUAUAUAUAUUUUUUGUUUGUGUGGCUUGGAUUGAAGUGCCACGACGACCACAGGGUCCAUAACGGGCGGUAUGAAGUGCCUGGCGACCGUCAC